GACAUCUCUAUUCCUCAAUUGCCAUCUGAAGUGAGACGGCAGUAGAGAGAGCUAUCGAGACUGUAUCACUGGUCAAUCUUAGGAUGCGAGAUACUUGUUUUAUCUCUAGUCUCGAGAAUACGGGAUACACAUACUGUCAUGUCUAGAUGUAGGACUCGUUGCACCAUCUACACGGUGUCAAUCGACCCCGAUUGUGUGACCUUGCGUCUAUUGAGCAUUCCAUAUGUGAUAGAAUAUUGUUGGAGGUAGGUGCAGGAGUGGCAUAUAUAAAUACAUGUCCCAGCACAUGCUACUUGGCUCUUGAUUUUCACUCUUCUCUGUCUUCUAUUAACUAGCUAGUAUCAAACAAGCAAGGUGGAAUAACCCCGCAUCCGCUAUACGAUCUCAAGAUAUCUCUCCCUUCACCCACAGAUUCGCAUCAAUUAUCGACCUGGACUCAACAUGCGAUCAACUGCAGUCCUCAUUGUGGGCGCAGGUCCCACAGGCCUCACUUUGGCCCUAGAACUUUCUCUCCAAAAUAUCCCUUUCAUCCUAAUCGAACCUCUCUUCACCCAAUCCCCUAAUUCUCGCGCUCUCGUCCUUCACACUCGUUCAAUGGAACUUUUCUCCCGACACUCCAGUCUCGUAUCGAAUCUCCUCCCUCUUUGCAAACAAAAUCUCGGCCUAAGUUUCCACAUCAACAAGAAACAUGCAUUCGAGAUGGAUCUCUCCCGGGAGAACAUGGGUGUACUCGACACAGAGUAUUCAGGACCUUAUUUUCUCAGCCAGAGCGAGACAGAAUCAUGUCUUGAAAAACAAUUAGAAGAAUAUGGAGGCAGAGUGGAGAGGGGAACAAAAGCCAUGUCCAUUGUUCAGGAUCACAGUGGUGUUACAGUUCGUGUCAAACAAAUAAGGCAAGAUGGCUACGAAGAAUCCGACGAGGAAGAGAUUCGCUGUCAAUACAUUGUUGGAUGCGACGGGGCCCAUUCAAUGGUUCGGAAAUCCGCCGAUUUGAAAUUCGAAGGCUCUGCAUACCAAUCUGAUUUCUUACUGGCAGACGUAAAACUAGAUUGGGAGUAUGCAUCUGAUCGAUUGACGUUGUUGAUGGGGAAUGAAUUCAUGAUGUGUUUACCGCUCAAAGAUGGAGUAUAUCGACUUGUAUUAAGUAUUCCUAAUUCUAAGAAGGAAGAUUCGAUUUACGGAGAGGCCAAAGAUGAUGCACCUACUCUUAAACAAUUCGAACAAGCUUUCGAAAGACUCGCUAAGGGGGAAGUACAACUCGAGGAUCCUCCUAUAUGGAUUACAAGAUUUAAACUCCAUCAUAGGCUUGCCGAUUCCUUUCGCAAUGGCCGGAUAUUCGUCGCUGGGGAUGCAGCGCAUAUCCAUUCGCCAGCUGGUGGACAGGGGAUGAAUACAGGCAUCCAGGAUGCCAUCAAUCUCGGAUGGAAACUCGGCGCUGUUCUUCGCAACGAAAGAAAAGAAUCUUUUCUCGACUCCUACACUAUUGAACGACGUCGCGUGGGCAUCAAUCUCCUGAAAGGUACAGAUCGAGUCUUUGAAUUCAUGGCCACGACCAAUCCUGUUUAUCUCUAUCUACGCAACACUCUCUUUCCAUGGAUGGCUCCAAUUGCUUUCAAGAAGGGUGAAAAUCGCGCUAGGAGAUAUCGAUUUAUUUCUCAACUGGGAAUACGCUAUCGACAUUCGUCGAUUUGUAGAACUGCAAGUGCUUAUUAUGGACCUAGAAGAGGAGGCGAUCGCGCACCUGAUGGGAAAAUUGUCUUACCUGAUACUCAAGAGCGGACGAAUCUAUAUUCGUUACUUAAAGGGGCGACGCAUCACUUGUUACUAUUUUCAGGUAUGGGGAGAAGGGCAAUGGAUGCGCAGGAAUUGUUGGAGACAGUGGGAACAGAUUUCCCGGAAAAGGAACAGAAUUGGUUGACGGUCCAUAGGAUCGUGAGCGAAGAGAAAAAAGGGGGAGAGGGGAUUUAUGAUGAAGCAGGUAUUCUACAUGAGAGGUAUGGGUUUGGAAGUGAACCGGGUUACGUAUGUAUCAGGCCCGAUGCCUAUAUCGAGUAUAUUGGGACGAUGAACGGAUUGGCAGAGUGGAAAGCGAGUUUGCUUUUGCGAGGGUAGAGUGGGUAUGAUGUUGAGAUAUUGGAAAAUUAUAGGAUUUGGUUAUGGAUUUGGAUCUUGGUGGAAAUAGCUCUGCGGAGUAUCGAUGAGGCGCUGCGAUUUUGGUAUGGGAAGGGAUGGAAGGGAAUGGAAUGUCUGGUACUCGUAAUGUUUGAAUGUAUUAAUUGGGAAUACCUCACUCACUCGAUAGCAUACGGUGGUUAUCGUAUCAUAUCAUAUAUGGAAUUCUACUUCUUAUUAUUUUUCUCUA